GAGUCAGACAAAAGAAUGUUGCCAGUUCUCACCAGACAUACCAUAUACUUUGCAGUGCAAAAAGGCAACACAAUUAUUAAAAAGCAUUACCCUGCUCUCUAUGACGUCAUGCUGAUUUAUUACGCCAUUCCGCCGACCAAAAAGGUAACGACGUAUUUGCCGAUUUUCAUGAUUUUGAUUCUUGAACAGAAGCUGGAUUACUGUUGAAUAUUGUUGGAUAUACCACUGCGCUCCCUGCUAUCAUUGGACGUAACACCAAGAAACCUGUUGAAUAUCACUGGAUAUAACACGGAACAUCUCUCUAGUAUCACUGGACACUGCAUCUGGGAGAAAGAUAGGCAGUAUCAACAUGAAGUACUCUUCAAUAUCAUACAUCCUGCUGCUUGCAGCAUUCUUACUUUCCACAAGCAAUGUGGAUGGAACCACUGCUUCGAUGGCCACAAAUGUGCCUGGAACAGAAACAGUUGUAACAACACAGGCAUCGAAAACUGAAACGGAUGGAACCACACAGGCAUCUGGCUCCGAUAAGACCACCGCAGCCUUAGAGGUGACAACUUUGAGAAACACCGGGACACCUGAAUUUGAGACCAGUGCACCGCCUUGUGAUAACGGUACAGAGAACUGCACCACAACUGCACCCACACCAUUAACCAGUGGUCCAGUGUCACCACCUUGUGACAACACAACUGAAAACUGCACCACGACGGCAUCCGCACCAUUAAUAACAAGUACAGUGUCACCGCCUUGUGACAACACAACAAAAAACUGCACCACGACAGCAUCUACACCAUUAGCCACUGGUACCAUGUCACCGCCUUGUGACAAUGCGACAGAAAACUGCACCACAAUGGUAUCCACACCAUCAGCCAAAAGUACAGUGGCACCACCUGUGACAGAUGCGAAUACGGACACCACCACCAUGAUGCCAGAGGAUAUGACCACCGUAAUAAUGGACAUGAGCACCAGUCUCCCAGACGGGACUUCGUCCACCGUUGCACCGGAUACCACCUCAAAUGCCACACCUACCCAAGCCCCAGGUACGUCAGAAAGGACACAGCAGCCCAUGAAAACAUCCACUGCAAAGCCAACAGAAUCACCAAAGCCAGCGGAUAAGACCACAGAGCCGGCUAAGCUCCCAACCGCCGGUGCUUCAACAACCAAGUCAGGGGAACCGGAGAAGAUGCCCCAUCAUGGCAAUUCUUCUGUCGUAGUUGGUCUUGUUGUCACCGCACUUCUUCUCAUUUUGAUUGGCGGUGUAGUCAUCUUUAUUAGGCAGAGGAAAUUGAGAAACAGCUAUGGAAGACUGAAUGAGGAAACAGAAGACAGUGGAUGGUCAGCAUUCUCAAAGAACCCAAUCUACAGAGGAGAUAGGAAUGAACCGUAUUUGUGAGCAGUCUGUGCGCACACACACACAUGCAAGCACACCCAGGCCAUACAUGACUACCAACUGUUAUGAAAAGAUAUCUAAAAAAGCUACUCCAAAGAAUUAUCUCCUCGUUGUCUUGAAGUUGUGCUCGGAAGAUCUUUCAUCUUCUAGUCUCGCUCCCAGGUACUGUUACAACAGACGUAUUUUCAUCUUUCCUCUUUACGACAGCAAAGUUAUUGGUCAGUAAACAUGCUUUGAUAGCAAAGUUUGUAGUCACCAAACACACUUUAGAAGGGAGACUUGCACUGCCCAAUGGAAUUCAGGUGAAAUAUUUUGAAGGUGUAAAACAGUACAGUAGAUACCCUGUUGCAAUCAGGUGAUAUUGAUGAUAUUUUUUCUCGCUUCAAAGCUUUAGUUUUAUCUUCCAAAUAUUAGAGUACUCUUUUUGUUUCUUUACAUCCAUCCAUUAUCGUAUCAAAGUUUUAAUUCUUUUAUGGUAGAGAUUAAAUAAUUCUUUGCAUGUCGGAGAAAUUGCAGUCCAAUUUGAUGUGUGUAUUUAAUAUUUUGUUCAAUGACCUUGGGAUGUUUAGAGUAGAUAAAUUUGUUUAAAGUACUGUGUUGAUGUUGGCGUUUGUGCUGGAUUUGGAAGUAUAAUUCAAAAAUUUAGUUUGCUUUCUCUAGUGCCAACAUCCACUUUUUACGAAAAUUAGUCAAAUCACAUUUAGUGCCGUUUCCACAAACUUUUUGUGAAGAUUUUUAAAGGAUGCGAAUGUCAAAAAAAUGGCAAAGUCCAGCAUUUGUAAUUUAUGUGACAAAAGUGUGCAAAACAUGCUUUAAUGUGCAGAAGCUUUUCCCAAUGUUUGCUGGGGCACUUGGUGUCGCUUUUCGUUCGGAAAGGUUUUGAAAAAUUUUGAAAUUACUCACAAAUGUAAAGCAACUACAAGCGGUCCCUGCAAAUAGUUGACGAAGUUUCGAAGCUUCCAAAUAUUUAAAGCGCAUAUUUUGCACAUUUUUGUUUUAUAAAUGUGAAUGUUGGACUUUGCAAUCUUUGCAAAACCUUCACAAAAUGUUCACGAGCCCCAUGAAAAAAUGGCACUUUAUGGUUAGCUCAACUCCUAGCGAGAUUUGUCUGAAGACCAGCUUUAUUUGUAGUGUGGUGCUUUGCUGAUGUAAUAAUUUACCCAACACUACUUAUUAUAACCCAUGGUUUAAACUUGUGAUUUCAAUUUUACAUUCAGUUUUCAGAGAUUAUCCGGAGAGUUUAUGUAUCAUAUUUAUUGCCUUGGAAGAUAGCUGUUAUAUAUUAAUGUAAUAUCAGUAGGAGUUGACUUUAUCAUACAGUUUCCCAUCAUACAUGUCUGCCUUUUUCUACGAUAGCAUAGUCCAUAUUUCCAUCCAUCUUUUCAUAGUUACAUAUUUUUUAGUUUAGUUUGCUUAAAUUUUUUUUCAGUUCAACAAACUCUGCAUGUACCUUUAUUAUAAAUGCAAUAUUAUUCAGAAGUUGGAGAGUUUAAUAGCACUUUCGAUAAAUAACUUCUUUGUCGCUUGGAAUGAAAAUGACAAAUUGAUGUUGAAUUGAAAAAGUAACUUUCAAAUACAGGUGGUGUUCGUUUGACAAAAUUUGUGUGUUUUUGAUCAUGACCAUGCAAAUUACCAUAGUAUUGCAUAGACCCUGACAGUUAAUAACAUAAUCAUUAGACAUCACACCAGAAAAUGUGAUGGAUAUAUGUUCAGACAAUGUAUCAUGGAUAUUUUCAGAAAAUAGGACACUGUUUUUGAAGGACCCGAGUGUUGCAUAGCCACUGAAGGUUGAGCAUUUUGAUUAAUGGCGAGUGAAAUAUGAUCGGAUGAUAUCUAGCAUGGAUAUUUUCAUAGAAGUAAAAAAAAAUAUGAGGCUAUAACAAUAAAUUUCAUUCAGCUUUAUAUACAGUAACCUUUAUUAAUACUGAACAUGCAUGUGAAAAGAACUGAAAACUACAUGUAUGUAUGUGUGUAAAAAUUUUAUUAGUACUAUCUGUACUGAAGAUUGUACUUUUUGUAUUCUACAUGUGUUUGUUAUACUGUAUUACCUACCAGGAUAUUUUGUCUCCAUUGUAUAUUUUUCAGCUUUAUAGAUUGAGACAAAAUGAAAAUUAGUCAACUUUUAUUAAUUUUCUUGUAUUUCUGCUUUGCACAGUAUAGUUGGUCCAAAAUUUCAUUUUCUCAUAAUGAUUGAUACACAUACCCGUGUAUCAGGCCUAUUCAUUCAAUGUAUUCCCUGUUUAAUAGAAAAAAGCUUAAAUGUAGGAAUUCUCUUGUUCAUUCGAUAGACAAAAAGUGCGUUGAGCCAAUUACCUGUAUUGGUUAUUCAACAUUUAUUUUAUUAUCUAGUCAGUCAUUUAAUUUAUUUAUCUAAUAUCUUUUAUUGGUUUGUUCACUUCUAACUAUUUUUUUCAUUAAGUACAGUACAUGUAUGUAAUCAAGUAAAUUGUCUUUAAUAUUCAUUGACGUGUCUUUGUACCUUUUUAUUGUAAAGCAAAAACACGAUUUGUGCAAUCAUUUACCUGUAGUUAUAACAACUGUAUUCGUACACUUUAACACGUCUUCACAUAUUAUUAUUAUACUCUAUAUUAGUUUAAUGGUCUCUGUGUAAAGCACUAAUAAAACAGUACUGUAAAUAUUGUGGCGGAAAGAGGGCUUAGAACGUGGCUUGUGGAUUAUAAGUCAAUAUUUAAUGUGUGUGGCUACAAUAACGAGAUGCAAUUCUGAUCGGGAGGUGUCAAAUUGGAAUGCAUGCAUACAGUUGAAGUAAUCACAUCAUAAUGUCAUCACAUGAGGGAUAGAGGGUGCCAACUCCAUGGAUUUGUGACCUUCUGGUUGUAAUGGUUUUAAGUGCAUUGUGAUUGCAAUGUUGUGAGCCUGAUGGUUGGCUGUCUAACCUGUGCAGGGUUUUACUGUAAUCCAUCGGUCGAUUGAAAUUGAAAUUUGAUUCUGAAUGAUGACAUGCACGCCGCCGUAUUACAAGAGGUAGUGGAUGUGAGUUAAAGGUCAAGUUCACUCCAACAACCAGAGGAUUUUAAUGAAUAGAGAUAAAUCAAACAAGAAUAGCACUUUACUUUUCAUGAAAAUCAGAUGUUAAAUAAGAGGUACUGGAUGCGAGUUCAAGUUCAAGUUCACUCCAACAAGUUGAUUUUUUAAUGAAUAGAGAUAAAUCAAACAAGAAGAAUAGCACUGAACUUUUCAUGAAAAUCAGAUGAUAUAAGAAUUUUGGGACAUCCGUAAAGAUUUAAUGAUUUUCGCAAAAUGGUUAUAUACACAACAUAAAGUGAAAUUAUGCAAUUGAGAGCGGAUGAUUUCACACGCUCACUAUUGCAAUUCGUUCAAUUCGAGCUGCAAUAAUUGAAUAUAAAAUGCAUCUUGAAUCUUCAAUCUUUAUUCUCGUUAAGCAUUUUUAGAAACGAGGAAGGAUCCCGAAUCUGUGUUACAAUAAACCAGUGCUUGUGUACAGGGUCUAUAGGAGUGAUUACACAUCCGCGGUUUAUAGGUGGCGGUGCGAGGUUGGAUGCGAUCAAAGCCCUUUAUUACAGAGUUUGACCAAUUCGAUGACAAUGGAUUACAACAAGGUGAUAUGACUUUAUUAGGCAAGUACAAUUUAAAACAAAUUGCAAACGUUGCAACCCACGAAAGUAAAUUUGCCAAAUUAUUUGUAAACGGCUCUGGCCGCAUCCAACUUCAGAAGAAAACUGCCAUCUACAUGUAACCCGGUGAUAUGAUUGCCCCUUAAGCUGUAUGCUACAAAUUAUUCCAAUUUCUUAUUUACAUAAAGCUAGAGUGUAAAUUUGUUAUUAGACGGUCUUGUUUGCUCUUUCAUUUCGAGGCUCUAAACCACAUCCGGUAUGAAAUAUAAUCAAUGGUAAUACACCAUAAUUUACAUGUAUCUCAUUUAGAGGAUUAAUUGGACACUUAAACCGGCUUGUCGUUUUAUAAUGUGCAAUUAACCAUAUAGCUAUAAAACAGUACAGAGUACACCCAUACAUGUUAUAUGUAUUUGUAUAGUAAGGAAAAGUUUUAAUUUAAUAGAAUUUACUGCACAAUGUGAAAUGAGUAAGGUUGAUCUGUGUGUGUUUCAUGAAGUAAAACAGAUUGUUUGUUAAGAACCAGAAUGUCACUUGCGUCUUUUUGACACUGAACAAACACUUUGUAACAUGAUAUAGUUUAUUUGAAAGAGAGAAUGAAGAGAAGGUUUAUCUACGUUAUGUAAAACUUGAUUUUAAGAUUACUGUAUGUGAAGUAGAAAGAAGAUUUGUAUAAAAUGGUAAGCUUGUAGCGAAAGAUUAUAUAAAAACUGAUUUUUGGUGUUUAUCAUAAGGGCAUUUUCACCACAGAUGGACACAGAGGCAAAAAAAUCAAGUUUAUAUUCAUGUCAAAUGCUUUAUGGUUUUUAAUAAAACAAGACCUGAAGUUUCUGAGACAAACAUUUUUCCGACUCUGGCAGCCAUUUUUUAUUUCAAAAUGGCUGCCAAAGUAUGGAUACAAAUUAGUGUUGAAAAUAGUGUAUUGAUACAUAUUUUGUUUUGACAGAUUUUUAAAGAACAGGUUUGAUCAUGAUGUUUUCGCCUGAGAUUUA